AUGAGUGCGUCAAGAGCCAAACAGAAUUUUGCCAAAGAAUGUGAAGAUGCCAUCAAUAAACAAAUCAAUGUGGAACUACAAGCUGCUUACGAUUACAUGGCAUUCUUCACCUACUUCGAUAGAGAUGAUGUGUCAUUUCCGAAAGCAGCUGAAUUCUUUCGAAAAGCUUCACAUGAGGAACGUGAACAUGCAGAGAAGUUGGCGAAAUAUCAGAACAAACGUGGUGGUCGUGUUCAAUACAGUGACAUCAAGUGUCCGACUAAGACAGAAUUCAGUGGUUUGGAGGAUGCGAUGAACACUGCAUUGUCGAUGGAGAAGGCAGUGAAUGAGUCAUUAUUGAAACUUCAUGAAAUAGCUGCGAAGAACAACGAUCCAGCACUAACCGAUUUCAUUGAGAGUCAGUAUUUGCAUGAACAAGAAGAUGCAAUCAAACGAUUUGCUGACUAUGUGACAGAGACAGAUCGAGUUGGGAGUGGACUUGGUCAAUAUUUAUUCGACAAGAUCACACUGAAGGAAUAA